AUGUCUGAGCCACUCCAGCCACAGUCCUCGGCGGCGAUUCCCUCGUCGGAGACCUGGAGCAGCAAGAGAAAGCUCUAUGCCAUCGAUGAGCGAGAGGAGAGCUCGCCGGUGACUGUGGGAAAGGUGGAUGCGGAUCUAGCCUACGAUGCGGACGUGGAUGAGCUGGAGCAGCCUGCAGGUGAGCGGGAAAUCAUCUACGAGCUUUUCCAGCCCUGGGCCCUCAGCACCUACGGCGAUCAGGCCAAGACCAAGACGAUAACGCUGCGCAAGAAGGCACGAAUCCUAAAGGCGCUCGAGGGCAAGGAGCACAGUCGCCCGGACAGCUCCAAGUUUCGAUUCUGGGUCAAGACAAAGGGUUUCACCACCAACCGUCCCGACGGCUUUGAAGAGGCUCCGGGCAGUCGGCGCUGCCUGAAGCCCCUGCCCACCUCGGCCAUUCUGUCCGACAAUCCCGGGGAAGUGGACCUCUUUGCCGCAUCCACCAGCAAGGGGUUCGGGCGUCGGAUCUACCGCAAGGUGGCCUGCGUGGAGGAGUUCUUCGACAUCAUCUACAACGUGCACAUGGAGCUGGGCGGACGCAGUGGCAUGCACGCGGGUCAGAAGCGCACCUAUCGCAUUAUUACCGAAACCUAUGCGUUCCUGCCCCGUGAGGCGGUCACCCGCUUCCUGACCAUCUGUCCCGAGUGCAAGAAGAACCUACGCCCCUCCUCGCCCUCGGUGGGCGGAAAAGACGCCGACCUGGCCGGCAACGAGAGCUCCUCAGAAGUGGAGAACUACCUGAAUUAUUCAUCGCACACGGAGAGCUCUCUGGAGGCGGGGCCCACGGCCAAGCGCCGCCGGCACUCGAGCGCCGAGCUCAAGGCCUCGCUUGCGGGGGCCAGUGGCCUGACCGGGGGUGUUGGACUGGGUGUGGGUACCGGGAUGUAUGGUGGCGCCAGCGGCUCCAGUGCCACCCAGCAGGAUGGGCCGAAGGCUGCACCACCGCCCAGUCCCGGUCCCAGUCUCAAUCCCAAGCCAACGGUGACAGAGGCGGCUGUCGAAACAUUGCCGGUUAGCGUGCCAAAAAUCCGGGUCAAGUCCCAGUUGCAGGGUCCGCCGAGUCCACAGGACCACGUUCAAGACCAAGUCGAGGCAAGCCCCAAUACGGCUUCCCAGUCCCAGGCCAGUGCCAGUUCCCAGGGCUUUGAUGCCCAUCUGCUGAAGUCGCGGGACAAUCUCCUGCGAUACUACGACUUCAUGAGGCGCUUCUAUGCCGGAGAACCGGUCUUAGCGCCGCCCCUCUAUGGCAGCAGCCUGCUGCAGAGCCUCAGCUAUCCAACCCCAGUUUCUGCCACGGCAACCCCUACCCCUAUCCCUAGCAGCACCACCGCUUCUCAGGGCAGGCCGCUAGACCCUCCCAAGGCCGCCUCUCCUGCUCCCAAUACCAAUGCCAAUCCCUCCCUGCCUAAGAACUCUCCGGACAGUUCGGUGCAGGCACGCUCUCCGACCGUCUCAACAGCCACGCCCCUCGUCGCCAAGGACACAGCCCCUCUCACUCCGAUUAAUCUAACGAAAUCUCUAUUUUGCAGCCUCAAGAGUGGAAACCCGGCCUCGACAUCGACGCCCGUGGCCGCCCAUGGGCCGCUGAAGCUGGAGCUGCCUAGUCCGCCCAAGCCGCUGUCGGAGAUGCGGAUUCCGCAGCUCCGCCACCUGCCGCCCGUGGAGCUAUCACUGCCGCUGCCGCCGCUGGAUCUGGAGCGACUGAAGCCCAUUACCUCGACUUACCUGCAGCUGACGCGCAGCAUGGGCCUCAGCGACGAGGAUGCCUUGCGCUUCGACAACUUGGUGAGUAAGGACUUUAAGUACUCGCUAUAGUCUAAGGACACCUUUGAAAUCUCGAAUUCGUAUUCGAAUUAUUCGAUCUCAAAUGAGCAAUCCAGAACUUAUAUAACCCAAUAUCUGACUAUCCCCAGUUUGUUUCGCCAAAGAAAUG